CACCUUGAUGUGACAAUUUUGUUGAUUUAUUUACAAUGAUUGCUUUGUUUUAGAAUGUUCUCGAUCAUAAUUUUGAGAUCUGGGAGAUUUCUACAUCGUGCUUGUAACCAGAAAUACGUCUCUGCAUUCAGUCCACCAUGUCCACUGCUAAGAAUUUAGUCACUCAGAGGUCAAGGUCUGACUCUGAAAGCAGUGGAGAGGAGAGCACAACUUCAGCAUGCCGCUUAAAGAUUUAUACAAGAACCGGUGAUAAGGGGACGUCUGCCACCUUUACUGGAGAGAGAAGAAGCAAAGAUGAUGUGAUAUUUGACGCCCUCGGCUCGACUGAUGAGUUGACGUCUGCGAUAGGUUUGGCAAAGGAAUUUUGUGUUGAGGCCGGCCAUCCAUUGGUGGAUCGCUUGGAAACAGUUCAGUGUGUGCUACAAGAUGUCUCUUCCAAUGUUGCCACACCAAAGAGUUCCGCCAGGGCAGCUCAUAUUAGAAAGACAACUUUUAGUUCCGAAAAUGUGACAGAUUUGGAGAACUGGAUAGAUGAAUAUACGGAACAGCUUCCUCCCUUGAAAAACUUCAUCAUUCCCUCCGGGGGCAAAGCGAGUGCCACUCUGCACUUGGCAAGGACCAUAUGUAGGAGAGCAGAAAGAAAGGUGGUACCAUUGGUGAGGGAUGAGUCUAUGGACCCAGAACCUGCCAAGUAUCUCAACAGAUUGAGCGAUUUCUUAUUUACGGCUGCGCGCUUCGCUGCAAUGACUGAAGGAAAAGAGGAGAAGAUUUACAGACGGAUCCACCCCGAGGAUGCAUGAUAUCGAAAGUGGAGGAGUUCUGAUGAAAUUAUUACUUCAAGGGACAAUUCAAACUCUGGCAAAUUUUCAAUAGUGAUGUUGAUAUGACCAUUUUUAUAGAGAUUGCUUUGGCAUGCUGCACUGGAUCUUGUAAAUAAAAUGCUAUCAUGUUGAGGGUCAUAGUCUAGAAAUCAUUGACUGCAGGGUAAAGGGGAACUCGAUGGCUUCACAGCUGUGGUUUACCUGCUGUACCAAAUACAAUUAGUCUUGAACACUUAACACUAACAGAGAUGCCUUUUAGUACAGUGAAAAUUAUGAUGGAAUAACUAUGGAAGGACUGUUUUGCAUAGCUUUUUGCUUGGACAAGAGGCAUCUUAUAACUGUGAUGUUUUGAUAAUGCUAUGAUAUUGAAAUAAAGAUUAUAGGUUGAA